AGCGCACGUGGCCCCCGACACGCAGCGCUGCGGCAUGGCCGGCGCCCCAACCCGAGUGAGGCCGAGGCGCUCAGCUACUCAACGUCUCGACGCCAGCGGGGUCUCCCGGAUUGCGGCGCGGGGUAGGAGGGCCGGGGCCGGCGCGGGCCGCCAAAGUCGUCAGCAAGGUUGAGGGCCAGACCGGCGGCCCCGGAGCGACGCUGAGUGCGUGCGGGACUCGGAGUACGUGACAGAGUCCGGAGCCCUCAUGCCCGCCGCGCCGUCCCGGGCCCUCCCCCAGGGCCCCGGCUCCGCACACCCCAUUUCAGCUCAAGGGUCCCAUCUGGGGUCAGAGUUUCGCCGGCACCACGACAGGGCCUCUAGGGAGUCUGGGUCCCCCAGAUCCGCCCGCCUCACGUCACCGGAUCGUCGCCCCCCUUUCCCUGCCGCUGCCACCGUCGCAACGGCACGCCCCUUUCAGGGAGGUGAGGGCCCGAGUGACGGCUCUCGUGACCAGUGGCGGGGCGGUGCUGAGGGGGCGUGCCAGGGAGGCGGGAAGUGGGUGGGGCCUCCCUUAGCUGGGCAGGAAGUCGGCGCGGGCGGCGCGGACAGAAGCUGUGAGGACCCUGAAGCGCGCAGACCUCUCCGGCUUAACGCUCAUCUCGGUGUCUGCAGCCCUCUCCGCUUCUCCCCCAGGCGACGAGACCCGGCGGUUAGAAAUCCACCAUGUCUAUUCUCAAGAUCCAUGCCAGGGAGAUCUUUGACUCUCGUGGGAAUCCCACUGUUGAGGUUGAUCUCUUCACCGCAAAAGGUCUCUUCAGAGCUGCUGUGCCCAGUGGUGCUUCAACUGGUAUCUAUGAGGCCCUAGAGCUCCGGGACAAUGAUAAGACUCGCUAUAUGGGGAAGGGUGUCUCAAAGGCUGUUGAGCACAUCAAUAAAACUAUUGCGCCUGCCCUGGUUAGCAAGAAACUGAAUGUCACAGAACAAGAGAAGAUUGACAAACUGAUGAUUGAGAUGGAUGGAACAGAAAAUAAAUCUAAGUUCGGUGCGAAUGCCAUUCUGGGGGUGUCCCUCGCCGUCUGCAAAGCCGGUGCUGUUGAGAAGGGGGUCCCUCUGUACCGCCACAUUGCCGACUUGGCUGGCAACUCCGAAGUCAUCCUACCAGUGCCGGCGUUCAACGUCAUCAAUGGUGGUUCCCAUGCUGGUAACAAGCUGGCCAUGCAGGAGUUCAUGAUCCUCCCAGUGGGUGCCGCAAACUUCAGGGAAGCCAUGCGCAUUGGAGCGGAGGUUUACCACAACCUGAAGAAUGUCAUCAAGGAGAAAUAUGGGAAAGAUGCCACCAAUGUGGGCGAUGAAGGCGGGUUUGCUCCCAACAUCCUGGAGAAUAAAGAAGGCCUGGAGCUGCUGAAGACUGCAAUUGGGAAAGCUGGCUACACCGAUAAGGUGGUCAUCGGCAUGGAUGUGGCGGCCUCCGAGUUCUACAGGUCUGGGAAGUAUGACCUGGACUUUAAGUCUCCUGAUGACCCCAGCAGGUACAUCUCACCUGACCAGCUGGCCGACCUGUACAAGUCUUUCAUCAAGGACUACCCAGUGGUGUCUAUCGAAGAUCCCUUUGACCAGGAUGACUGGGGAGCAUGGCAGAAGUUCACAGCCGGUGUAGGAAUCCAGGUGGUGGGGGAUGAUCUCACAGUGACCAACCCGAAGAGGAUUGCCAAGGCUGCAAAUGAGAAGUCCUGCAACUGCCUCCUGCUCAAAGUGAACCAGAUUGGCUCCGUGACCGAGUCCCUGCAGGCGUGCAAGUUGGCCCAGGCCAAUGGUUGGGGCGUCAUGGUGUCUCAUCGUUCUGGGGAGACUGAAGAUACCUUCAUCGCCGACCUGGUGGUGGGGCUAUGCACUGGGCAGAUCAAGACUGGUGCCCCUUGCCGAUCUGAGCGCUUGGCCAAGUACAACCAGCUCCUCAGAAUUGAAGAGGAGCUGGGCAGCAAGGCCAAGUUUGCUGGCAGGAACUUCAGAAACCCCCUGGCCAAGUAAGCGGUGGGCAGGCCAGCCCUUCAGUCGCCUGUUGGCUGGUUAGACUCCUCCCCUUGUGUCAGCUCGGGCAGCUCCAGGCCCCCCGACCAGCACUCGCAGGGGCCCCUGCUAGUUAGCUCCCCUCGCCCACCACGGUGGAGUUCGCACUGCUUCCUUAGAACUUCCGCAGCAGCCAGGCUCCCUGGAGCCCUCUUGGCAGCCCUAGCUUUGCAGUCAUGUAAUUGGCCCAAAUUGUUGUUUUUCUCGCCUCGCUUUCCACCAAGUGUCUGCAGCAGUAUGAACCUCCAGUGUCAUUUCCGGGGUGUGGCUCAGGCAAGAUCCCCAGUGGUUUUGUGCUCAAAAUAAAAGGCAUCAGUGAACCAUGAGAA